AUGGAAGUAAGCUCUACACGUCUGGGUUACCGGUGCGGUAUUAUGUAGCAAAUUCGUAAAUAGAAGUCAUGCUUCGCGCGAGUUGUGUGAUUAUUACCUCAUUCAAAGCAUUUUGUUCUUGUGUGUCUAAUUUAACUGUUAAAGAUAUUUUGUUAUCUAAACCAACAGAAACAAAAAUUGUUGCUCAGGGAUGGGUUAGAGCCAUCAGAAAACAUAAAAAUUUAUAUUUUGUAGACCUUGUUGAUGGAACAUGCCAUGAUAGACUUCAAAUUGUGAUUCCUGAAAAAUCUACAGAUAAGAACAACUCAUAUCCAGCAUAUGGGAGUUCUAUUAGAGUUGAAGGGUUACUUAUUCCAAGUACUCACAAAGGUCAGGAAGUUGAACUGAUUGCUGACACUUGGGAUACUCUUGGAUCAUGUGCAAAUGAUUAUCCAUUUGAAUACCGUCAAAAAUAUUCUGAAGAGUAUGUCAGACAGUUUCUCCACUUACGACCAAGGACCAGGAGAUUUUCAUCUAUCCUUCGAAUUGAGAAUCAUGCAGCAAUUGCUGUACAUAAAUUCUUUCAGGAUGAAGGAUUUUGCUUCAUGCGUACUCCUAUUAUUACACAAAAUGAUUGUGAAGGAGCUGGAGAAACAUUUUCUGUAAAAUGCCGAGAAAAGAAAUCUCAUUUAGAUAAACAAAAUAAUGAAAUUUUGAAAGAUGGGACCAAAAAAGAAGAGGAAAAGAUAGCUUUAAAUAAUCCAGUCCAAAGUAAGCCAGAAGAGUUUUUUAGCACACCAGCUUACCUUACUGUUUCUGGGCAACUGCAUUUAGAAGCAAUGGCAUGUGCAUUUACCAAAGUGUAUAACUUUGGGCCUGUUUUUAGAGCUGAAAAUUCACAGUCACGACUUCAUGCAAGUGAAUUUUAUAUGAUUGAAGCUGAGUGUGCAUUUAUUGAUUGGAUUGAUCAGUUAAUGCAGAUAGCUGAAAAAUGCAUCAAGCAAGUUGCACAUACAGUGGUAGAUAAUUGUGUCAAUGAAGUAAAAUUUAUUUCUCAAGAUAUCAGAGACCAUGAAGAGUACUUAAGAAGAAUAAUUGGAGAAUCUUUUGUACGGAUGUCAUACAAUGAUGCUAUUAAUAUAUUAGAAAACAACAAAGACUCACUAAGUGUACCAGUCAAGUGGGGUGAUGAUCUGUCUACUGAGCACAAGUUUUUCUUAGUUAAACAUUGUAAUAAUGUUCCUGUAUUUGUGUGUAUGUUUCCUUCAUCAUUAAAACCAUUUUAUAUGAAAUCAGAUGAAAAUGGAAUGGCACACUGUUUUGAUUUGUUUGCUGCUUAUGGUGGAGAAAUAUGUGGUGGAAGUUUAAGAGAAGAUAAUGAAGAAGUAUUGCAGAAAAAAUAUCCAUUUUAUGAAAAUGGUUCUUUAUUAUGGUACCUUGACCUACGAAAAUAUGGAACAGUACCACACGGAGGUUUUGGAAUAGGUUUUGAUAGAUUACUCCAAAGUAUUCUUGGUGUUCCAAAUAUUAGAGAUAUAAUACCUUUUCCAAGGAGGAAGUAUGAUUGUAUAUGCUGAUUGUAAUGCUAUAUUAUUUAUGUAUGUGUUCAUUUGUAUAAAAAAUUGCAACAGAGAAUUUUUUUCAAUAUAUUUGUUCUAAUCAUACAGAAAUAACUGCAAAUAAAUGCAAUAUUUCAAGAAA